AUGGUUAAAUUCCUACUCAUCUCGGUUCUCAUAUUUGUAUCAGCAUGUUCAACCACGGCAAUAGAUCCGGGGAAUCCCUUCGGUUCCUGCAACACCACGGACAAAGAAGACUACGUUGUGUGCAAAAUGGCCGCAAAUCUGAACGUUCUGGUUCGAAACACUCAGGACGACUUAUUUAACAUAUCACGAAUUGAUUUGACUGUUUACCCCGCUGAUAAUUCCACCACUACACCGCCUAUAGAGAGAUUCUCCAUGGGGGCAUUGCCAAAAUCCGCGAGACUGGGGUCUGUAUCUGUGCAUCACGUAGAAUUACACAGGGAUUUUCAUUUACCAAGAAACGAGAGAAUCCCGGUUGUUAACCUAUUCGAUAAUAACUUAACGGCAUUCCCUACAAACAUUACCAGCCGAGAUGACCUAUUUUUCAUUCUGAUAACAAAUCAAAAAAUCAGGGCUUUAUCUCCCAAUUCGUUCACCGCAAUAAUGGCCAACCUGAACACACUUAGUUUAGAGGAUAUUCAGCUGGAGGAAAUCGAGCCAAACACUUUCACGCAAUUGAGUAACCUGAACCAUCUGCGCUUACGGAAAAAUUACUUGAAUGUUCUACAUUCUGACAUGUUUACUGGUCUUAAGCAUUUGCAAUUACUUGACUUGACAAACAAUCAAAUCCGUGCAAUAGAGCCUGGAACUUUCGCCAAUAUAUCAGAUACAUGGUGGUCGCUCUAUUUAGGCGGUAAUCAGCUGAAAGUAAUUGAGCCAAACACUUUCACGCAAGUGAGCAAACUGCAUUAUCUCGGGUUAAAAAGUACUCAGCUGACAACCAUCGAGCCAAAUACUUUCAUGGAAUUGAGCUACCUGGGAGUCCUGGACAUGGAGAAAAAUUACUUGAAGGUUUUAUCUCCUCAUAUGUUUGCCGGUCUUGAUCAAUUGCCCGAGCUUAGAUUGGGCUAUAACCAAAUCCAUACGAUAGAGAAAGGAACUUUCAUGCAAUUGAGCGGCCUGGAAUAUCUGGAUUUGGAGAGAAAUAACUUAACGGUUCUACAUCUUGACAUGUUUGCUGGUCUUGAUCGUUUGGAAAAUCUUCGCUUGGAGGAUAACCCAAUCGAUACGAUAAACCUUGGAAGUUCUGUCAGUUUUUCUCUUCUUCAAAAAGUCUUUCCUGAUGUGGACAUGCUGAGUGUCCUUUCGGGAUUUCCUAAGGAACUUAAUGAACGCAAGGUUACUUAUGUGACGGGUAAUUGA